AUGUCGUACCAAUUUUCCUUGACGAACGGGAAGCAGAAGCGAUUUUCCAUCGACGACGCGUUCGAGGAAGAAACGGACGAGGCCAUCAAAGUGUACGGCACGACGGGCUCCAGAUCGCCCGUUUCUCAUUCGAACAGGUUGCACGGAGAAGGCGAUCAUGUCGCUGUUAACAUGGAAAAUGGAAGGACUUACAAAAUGGUAAACGAUGCGACAAGAGACAGCGAUUCGUUGAUACAGGAUUACUACGAUUGUGCUAACGAGGAAUAUACCAGCAGGUCUUGCUUGAAGCAUCCGAAGGUUAAAGAAAAUUGGAGGAUGGUACUAGCGGCGGCGACAUUGUUAAUUAUAGGUUUAGGGCUGUUAAUAACAGGUACUGUCACGUUGACGGAACCUAAUUCAGGUUUGCAGGGAUCGGUGUUUUUAUUAGCAGGGUUCAUUUGCUUCCUACCCGGAGCGUACCAUAUUGUUUACAUUUAUUUGGCUGCUAAAGGGAAGCGCGGGUACCAUUUUCACAAUCUACCCCUAUUUACUUAA